CUUGUUAAUAGUUAAUCAUCAUGCAGUUUUUCGCUGUUGUCGCCCUCAGUCUGCUGAUCCUGAAUCCUGUCACUGCUCUCCUGACAUGUCCCUGUCAUUGGAUUAUAGAUCCUGUCUGCGGCAGCGAUGGCGUAACAUAUGACAAUGAGUGCGAACUGCACUGUGCUGCUAGGGAGGCGGCACUGAACGGUGUCAAAAUAUUCAAAGUACACGAUGGACCAUGUUAAAUAUUGGACCCAAAUUGGAUGAUAGAAUUG